AUGCUUCAAAUUAUCUUUAUUUUAUUUUAUAUUAUUAUUUUAUCAACUAAUAUUUAUGGAAAAGAAAGUUUAUCUGUUACAAAAGAUAUUAUUAAUUAUUGUGAUCCAUCAAUACCUAAUACAUGUGGUAAUAAGGGAAGAUGUAUAAAAAAAAGUUCUGGUAAUCGUUGUUCCUGCCCUGAUGGAUGGAUGGGUGUUAGAUGUCAAAGACCAUGCCAAGAUAUUUAUAAAUCAUGUACAAAAUGGUUAGAGGAGAGAAGAUGUGUUUGGGCUAGACCAAUAUCACCAUUUUUUGCUGAUAAUUGUCCUUUAACAUGUGGAUCUUGUCGUAACACUGAAGGAAAAGCACUUCCUUUACCACUUCCACCUAUUUUGGAGGAUGUUAGUUGGAUUAUUGGAAAAUGGGAAACUAUUAAUGAUAUAAGAAAUAAUUUUAAUGAUAAUAGAUUUCCUAGAAAUAUGCCUGGUGGUUAUAAAGAAAUUCUUGAUAUUAUGGUAACAGAAGUUCCAAGUUUUGAUAGACCAGGUCUUAAUGUUAGUGUAACAGGACAAUCAACAAAAAUAGGAGCAAAAAAUAUUAUUAAUAAAGAACUUGGUUUUAUAACAAUAAAACCUUUUUUAGAAGAUACAGGUUUUGCUGAAUUUAACAAACCAAAAUCAGGGCCAGAUUUGGUUGCUUUGGAACUUUCAAGUAACAGUGGUACUCUAACUAUUGAAGAAGGAAUUAUGAAGAAGUCUUUUGAUAAAGCAUCAAAUGCUAAUAUUAAUAUGAUAAUAUUAGAAUUAAAACAUAUUAAUGAUUAUCUUUAUGAAGAAAGUGAGAUAAAAGAUAGUAAGAGACUCUUCAAACAUAUUUCAAAAAUCUCUCCAUCUGGUGAGAUAACUGAAAUAUUAAUUGAAACGGCUUCAAUUGAAAAAAGAAAUGGACAAAUAGUGAGGUGGAAGAAAACUUAUAAGAAGAUAUUUGACUAUCUUUCUAAUUAUUAG